AUGGAUGCAAUAAGAAAACAAGCAAGCAGGUUGAGAGAACAAGUCGCGAGACAGCAACAGGCUGUCUUCAAGCAAUUUGGAGGAGGAGGAUAUGGGUCUGGUUUAUCGGAUGAUGCAGAACUCCAUCAACAUCAGAAACUAGAAAAGCUUUACAUAUCAACCCGUGCUGCCAAGCAUUACCAAAGAGAUAUCGUUCGUGGUGUGGAAGGUUAUAUAGUCACGGGUUCAAAACAAGUUGAAAUAGGGACCAAACUGUCUGAGGAUAGCAGGAAAUAUGGUUCAGAAAAUACAUGUACGAAUGGUAACGUCUUAACAAGGGCUGCCCUGAGCUACGGACGUGCUCGGGCACAAAUGGAGAAGGAGCGUGGAAAUAUGUUGAAGGCUCUUGGUACACAGGUUGCUGAGCCAUUACGAGCAAUGGUUUUGGGAGCUCCAUUGGAGGAUGCUAGACAUCUUGCCCAACGUUAUGACAGAAUGCGUCAAGAAGCUGAAGCUCAGGCAACAGAAGUUGCUAGACGCCAAGCAAAGGCGAGAGAGUCUCAAGGUAAUCCGGACAUCUUGAUGAAACUGGAAUCUGCUGAAGCAAAACUUCAAGACCUAAAAUCAAAUAUGACAACAUUGGGGAAGGAAGCUGCUUCUGCUUUAUCUUCCGUUGAAGAUCAACAACAAAAGUUGACUCUUGAACGACUUAUUGCAAUGGUUGAAUCUGAACGUGGCUACCAUCAAAGAGUCCUCCAAAUACUCGAUCAGCUCGAAGGAGAGAUGGUAUCUGAGAGGCAACGUAUUGAAGCUCCCUCUACUCCCUCAAGUGCAGACAAUAUGCCGCCCCCUCCAUCAUAUGAGGAAGCUAAUGGAGCGUUUGCAUCUCACAUGCAUGACACUUCAACAGAUAGCAUGGGUUACUUCUUAGGAGAGGUCUUGUUUCCAUAUCACGGUGUGACAGACGUUGAGCUCAGCUUAUCGACUGGUGAAUACGUUGUUGUUAGAAAGGUUACGGGGAGUGGAUGGGCAGAAGGUGAAUGCAAAGGCAAAGCCGGUUGGUUCCCUUACGAGUACAUUGAAAGACGAGAACGAGUUCUUGCUAGCAAAGUGUCUGAAGUUUUCUGA